UAAAAACAACGUGCGUUGAUACCUAGCUCGUUCUACUUGAAAAAUAAUUCAAAAGUUUCUAUUUUGUAACAAGUGAUCAUCAAAAAACCAUGAGCGAUUCGGAAUCGGACACCAACGAUCAAGCCGGAGACAUCGAGCACUUUACCGGACCGGUUGAAAAUGCGUGGCUGCUGAAAAUACCUGAAUUUAAGAAGGCAGAUAACCCCCAAGGACUCGCCGAGGAAAGUUCGUUCUCCUGCCUGUUCCCGAAGUACCGCGAAAAGUACAUCAAGGAAUGUUGGCCCCUGGUGGAGAAGGCUCUGGAUGGACACCACCUGAAGGCGGAACUGGAUUUGAUUCAAGGUAACAUGACGGUAAAAACUACCCGGAGUACGUGGGAUCCUUUCAUCAUUCUGAAGGCGAGAGAUUUGAUCAAGCUGCUUUCGAGAUCGGUUCCGUUCGAACAGGCCGUGAAGGUGCUGGACGAUGAGAUAAGCUGCGACAUCAUUAAGAUCAAGAACCUGGUUCGGAACAAGGCAAAGUUUGUGAAGAGGCGUAACCGAUUGAUUGGACCCAAUGGAUGCACUCUGAAAUCACUGGAACUGUUGACCAACUGCUAUGUUCUGGUGCAAGGGGCUACAGUCUCAGCUAUUGGGCCGUACAAAGGAUUGCAAUGCGUGCGAAAGGUUGUCGAAGAAACUAUGAAGAAUAUUCAUCCGAUUUACAACAUCAAAGCUUUGAUGAUCAAGCGGGAACUGAUGAAAGACGAUAAACUGAAGGAGGAAAAUUGGGAACGGUUCCUUCCCAAAUUCCAAGCGAAAAACACGACCAAGCGGAAGAAGCCCAAGGAGCAGCAGCAGAAGAAAAAGAAGGAAUAUACGCCGUUCCCUCCGCCGUUGCUCGAGAGCAAGGUCGACAAAGAGCUGGCUUCCGGCGAGUACUUCCUCACCGAGGCUCAGAAGAAGGCCAAACGGACGCAGGAGCGGCGCGAGAAGGAACAGAAGAAUUCCAACGUUCAGAAACAACGACGAGAGCGGGACUUUGUCGCUCCGGAUGAGGGUAAGCCAGCGAAAAAGGCUGCCGGUGAUAGCAAUAAGGUGGAUGUGAAAGCGUUGAAGUCGAAAAUUGCCAAGGCCAAUAAGAAGGCAAAGAUGGGUAAAUAAACUGUUGUGAAUGAUU